CGUUGAAUCGCCGCAUCACGGCUCACACAAUAUGGCGGCGGUGCGAAAUCGUGCUCUCGCGGCCAUCCAGAGAGAGCUAAACAGACAGGCUCUGGGCGGCAAGGAGGGGCGGUUCGCAGUCAAUAGGACGCUAGAUCAUCUGAAGAGGUGUAACGUGAACCUUCCAGAUAAUGUGAACUCGAUCACCCUAAAUUUAGCUGGUAAAGAGAAGGCGAACCACGGUGCCAAGCGAUUUUUGUAUGAGAAUGUCCCACAACUGAAGUAUAAGAAUCCCCAUGUACAGUUCAUGAGAACCAAGAAACAAAGUGAUAUAGGAGAACUUACAAUAAGUUAUGCUGAUGGUAAAAUAGAACAAGUACCAACAGCGGGAGUGACACAGUCACAGAUAAUGGACACUCUUAUUUCCCUCACAACCACUGAAAAGGUGCCAGUAGAGGAGAAAACCACAUAAGAACAGAAUGUUUUUGGAACUUUUUAUAGGAACAGUGACAACAGAGAAAAUUAUUAGCUGUCAAUAAAGGGGGCACGACCCUGGCUACAUAUGUCACCUGCGCUCAUCCUGUGCCUGCUAAUAAAAGCAGUGUCACUAGUACUGAGGUUUAAUGGUGAUGGUACUGAUAGAGGCCUUUUGUACAAGAGGUCAGAAUGCAGUUGUUUUAGUCCCAAGCUUACUCAUUUAAUACACUGGACUAAGGGUCGCUACUGAAACUCAGCCAAAAGCUGAUUAGCUCUAUCUAUCAUGUCUGUGAUGUUCCCAUUAGCCAUGUGAUCCCCUCUCAGUGAUGCAAGUUUGACUUGUAGUGCUGCUCGUGUAUCUGUUAUAAGGUGACGAAGCUAAAACAAAGAGGCACAGUUAGGUAAUGACAAAUAAAGGCUUUCUAAAUGCAUUGAAAUUAUGUUUUGUCUAAAUAAGAAUGCUUCUUUCUGUGCAAUACAUAGUCUCCCUCGCAGCUAUUCUGGACUAAUCAUGCUAGGCGGCACUUGGAGACCAGAACGGCUGUGAGGGAGACUAUGCAGUUACACAACAAAAUAGAAAAAAGAGUAAAAGAGGAUGGCUUGUUUUCAUAGUGACACUGGCAGACUAUUUCAUUAUUUAUUUAUGUGCUUUUCUUACAGUACCUGAGGAUCCUUUUUUUCAAAACUCAAAAUGUUAGCGAUGAUUGUGAUAAUUCUAAGGGCGUCAUCCUCUGCUGUGCAUACAUUCAGCAAUGUACACAUUUCAUCCAGAACCUGUGUGAAUACAAUAAAGGAAAUUACUUGUUUGGAUUAAAAGUUGUCACAUGACA